AUAUAGAGAUGGACGCCUUGUUUGAUUUAAUCUGCGAGAUCCUCGUGCUCUCCUCACUCUUCAAGUCCUAUAAAUGUCUGCCUUUACCACCCCCCUCUUUCUUCCCAUUAAUUCUUUCUCUCUGCUCUUCAAGUACUUUGAUUUCCUCUCUUUCUUAAGUAAGUAAUUCCAUUUAUAGUUUUAAUUCAUCACAUUUUCAAUCAUAUCUUCUUGUGAUUUCUGGAGUCAAUACCUGACUUUCCUCUUUCCUCUCUCUUCGAAGUUCGAAAAUCCUCUGCCAGUCCGCCGCUCUCGCUCGUCGGCUCCACUCCCGGCACUCCGUCCCUCCGUCCGUCGACUCAGCGCCGUCGCUGCUUCGUGAUUCACUGCUUCGUCCGUUCGUCGGCUCGUCGCUGGACUCGCUGCUCUCCAUUCGACCUCGCUAAAUCGCUAGACCCAAUUCACGUUAUUCGUCGACUUGAAUUAUGACUCCUGCACCAGAUUCCAAGUCAAUCAAUCCCAAAGAUGUCUGCAUUGUUGGUGUUGCACGUACACCCAUGGGUGGUUUCCUUGGUACACUUUCAUCCUUGACGGCCACUAAGCUUGGAUCCGUUGCUAUUGAGGGUGCAUUGAAAAGGGCAAACAUCGACCCAUCCCUUGUACAAGAAGUGAUUUUUGGAAAUGUUCUUAGUGCAAAUUUAGGUCAGGCUCCUGCAAGGCAAGCAGCAUUAGGGGCAGGAAUACCAAAUACGGUGGUAUGUACCACGGUCAAUAAAGUUUGUGCAUCAGGGAUGAAAGCUGUGAUGCUUGCGGCACAAAGUAUCCAAUUGGGUCUCAAUGACGUUGUUGUGGCAGGAGGCAUGGAAAGCAUGUCAAAUGCCCCUAAAUACAUAGCUGAAGCCAGGAAGGGUUCCCGUCUUGGACAUGACACACUUGUUGAUGGGAUGCUCAAAGAUGGGCUGUGGGAUGUUUACAAUGAUUGUGGCAUGGGAGUUUGUGCUGAAUUAUGUGCAGAACAUCAUGCAGUAACAAGAGAGGAUCAGGAUAACUAUGCUUGCCAAAGCUUUGAGCGUGGCGUUGCUGCUCAGGAGGCUGGUGCUUUUUCAUGGGAGAUAGUUCCCGUUGAAGUUUCCGGUGGAAGGGGAAAACCAACAACAGUCGUUGAUAAAGAUGAAGGCCCUACUAAGUAUGACCCUGCCAAAUUAAGAAAACUUAGACCAAGUUUCAAAGCAGAUGGAGGCACUGUUACUGCUGGAAAUGCUUCUAGCAUAAGUGAUGGUGCUGCUGCAAUUGUUUUAGUGAGUGGAAAGAAGGCACUAGAGCUUGGGUUAGAGGUGAUUGCUAAGAUUAGUGGUUAUGGAGAUGCUGCUCAGGCUCCAGAGAAUUUUACGACAGCUCCUGCCCUCGCAAUACCAAAGGCCAUUUCUCAUGCAGGCUUGAAUGCUUCUCAGAUUGAUUACUAUGAGAUAAAUGAAGCUUUCGCUGUUGUUUCUGUUGCGAACAUGAAAUUGCUUGGACUUUCUGAGGAAAAAGUAAAUGUGCAUGGUGGAGCUGUGUCUUUGGGACACCCUCUUGGGUGCAGUGGAGCACGAAUCAUCGUGACACUCUUGGGGGUACUACGACAGAAAAGUGGGAAAUAUGGUGUUGCUGGUGUUUGUAAUGGUGGAGGUGGUGCAUCUGCUCUUGUUGUAGAGCUUUUGUAAGACUUGAUAUUUAAGGCUUAUUGAGGACUUAGCUCAUCACAACGUUGGAGGAGCUGUUAGAAAUAAGUUGUAUGCAACCUGUCAUUUAUGACAUUUUUUAUGCCCCCCUUUAUAUGGCUCCAGUAAUGCAAGCAUUUUU